GGUUAUCGCUCAAUAUUGCGUCGCGGACACUACAAGCGAGCGAGCGAGAGAGGGAGAGAGAGAAGAGCAGUUUUUUUUGUUUCCCAGUGCUAUCAAUGAAACAAAUGAACGACCCGUGCCAUUGUGACAGUCUCGUCUCCAAUAAGUGAAGAGGGCGUGCCACCUGUGACAAAAAGACGAAACUACAGCGAUCAUAUUCAAGAGUCCGGCGUCUCAGUUACAGGGUGAAAAGUCCACUUUUUUUUACUACCCUCAGUGACUUUCGCAACUGGUUGGCUAUUCCCGAUCUUCUAUAAAGGAAUCCACACCCGAUAUAGACAUCACCAAAAUCAAGUCUUCAACCCCCGUAUCUAAGCCCUUCCAUUCCUCAAAGGCAACAAUACCAGCGUGUGUGUGUGUGUGUGUGUGUGUGUGUGUGUGUGUGUGUGUGUGUGUGUGUCUCUUGAGGUCUAUGUGUUUUCACGCAUCAUAAAGAGUGGUUGAUUCCAUCUGUGUGUGUGUGUGUGUGUGUGUGUGAGUGCGUUUGCAAAUAUGCUGUAGUGAAUACCAGUGCAGGACAGCAUCACCUCUGAGCGAGAGAGAGCAUGAGACACAUUGGACGGUCCACGUCGAUCAUGCGGGCUCCGUCCUCCACGUGCGCGUGGCCGUUGCCCUGGCUCCUGCUGCUGCUGCUCUCCUGCCGGGCCGGCGCGGCGACGGGCCAACUCUUCAGGACCCCCCUCGAGGGGGACAUCACCCCCCGCCUCACCAUCACCACCAGCGGCCUGGAGGGCUGCCGGAGGUUCCAGUCGCCCGCGGCGGUGGACUACGGCUCCCUGCUGCUGGAGGCGGACGGCGGGCGUCUCUACGUCGGGGCCCGCGGCGGCGCCUUCUCCCUGGACGCACGCGACAUCUCGGCCAACACCACGCUCGCAAUUCAGUGGGAGACGUCCCAAGAGAAAAAGCAGCAGUGUCUGGCCAAAGGACGAGACAAUAAGACCGAGUGCUUUAAUCACAUCCGCUUCCUCCAGAGGUUUAAUUCCACUCAUCUUUACAUGUGUGGAACCUACGCCUUCAGCCCCCUCUGCGUCUACGUCGAGGAGGAGCCCUUUGUGAUGUCCUCCCAGCCCGAGGAGGGCAAGGAGAAGUGUCCUUACGGCCCGGCCACGGGCUACACCGGCCUCAUCGUAGAGCAGCAGAUGUACUCGGCCGCCCGCUACGAGUUCCGCAGCUUCCCGGACCUGCGGCUCAACGGACCCCCGCUGACGCUGAAGACGGAGGACGCCCCGAUCCGCUGGCUCAACGACGCGGACUUCGUGGGGUCGGCGUUGGUCAGGGAGAGCGUGGACAGCUUCGAGGGCGACGACGACAAGAUCUACUUCUUCUUCACGGAGGGCAGCGAGGAGCAGACCGGAGGCAUCGCUCCCGGCAGGGUGGCCCGCGUGGCCCGCAUCUGCAAGGGGGACAGGGGGGGACUUCUGACGCUGCAGAAGCGCUGGACCACCUUCCUGAAGGCGCGGCUGGUGUGCUCACAGCCCGAGUACGACUUCCACUUCAACGUGCUGCGCAGCGUCUUCGUGCUGCGGGGAGCCCGGCCCAGGGACACCGUCUUCUACGGCAUCUUCGGCCUGGACUGGAGGAAUGUGAAGGCCUCUGCAGUGUGUCGGUUCUCGCUGUCUGAUGUGCAGCAAGCCUUCCAGGGUCCCUACAUGGAGAGCCAGAACUCAGGCUCCAAGUGGACCGAAUACACUGGGAAGGUCCCUCAGCCUCGACCUGGAACCUGUAUCACAGACGAACUGAGGGCCAGGGACAUUGCCCUGUCCACCUCCCUGCCCGACGACGUGCUGGACUUUGUCAGGAGACACCCUCUGAUGGCCAGACAGGUGCAGCCCCUGGACAGACACCCCCUGGUGUACGGGAGGACCACGGACUACACCCACAUGGCUGUGGAUGCCGUCCCGGGCCUGGACGGACAAACCUAUCACGUGUUAUUCAUGGGGACAGACGACGGGCGGCUGCACCGGGCGGUGAGCGUGGACGACCACCUCCACAUCAUCGAGGAGCUGCAGCUGUUUGAGGCUCCGCAGCCCAUCAGCAGCCUGGUCAUCUCACCUGCACAGAUGAGUGUGUACGUGGGCUCUCCGUCGGGCGUGGUGCAGCUGCCCCUCUCCACCUGCCACCGCUACGCCUCCUGCUACGACUGUGUGUUCGCGCGGGACCCUUACUGUGGCUGGAACUCCUCCCAGUGUGUCCCCAUACUGUCACAGGCUGACAGGUCGGCGUUAAUUCAGGACAUCCAGAAGGGAAACAGAGGAUGUGAGAACACUUCCAGAGAAGAUCUGCCGUUGCCGCGGCGCCGCGCGUUCACCGCCGGCGACGACGUGCUGCUGCAGUGCGAGCUGACCUCCAACCUGGCCACGCCCCUGUGGACGCGGGACGGCGCCCGGCUCGCCGGCUAUGGCCUGGACUCGGGCAUCCGCAUCGGCACCGACGGCCUGCUCAUCAUCAAGGCGCAGCCCGACCAGCGCGGCCUCUACACCUGCCACGGCCGGGAGAACGGCGUCGUGGUCGCCAUGGUGUCCUACAACGUCACCGUCCGCCUGGACGCCACGCCCCCGCCGCCGCCGCCGCCGCGGCCGAAACUCCGCGCUCGGCUGCCAUUCGACGUCGCCGACGACCCACCGGAGGAGGAGGAGAAGGAACGCAAAGCGGCGGCGGCCGCGGCCCCCGAGGAGAACCACGUCCCUCGUAGCUUCGACCGGGGGGUGCUGGGGGCGGAGCCGCCCCUGCCCGCCGCCGCCGAGGGCCCCCUCCUCCCCCACUCGGAGCUGCUCUCGCCCCGCAACAUGAAGGCCAUGUACCUGUCUCUGAUCACCAUCCUGGGGGGGCUGUGCGUGGUGCUCAGCGUGGUGCUGCUCUACGUGGGCUUCUGCCUGCGCGCGGGCAGCCGGGGCCACUACUCGCUGCGGGCCGCCGCCUCGGUGCACGGCUACGGCAAGAGGAAGGGCGGCAAGGGCGGCGGCCGGCAGCAACGCAACUCCUCGUCCUCCCAGCUGGAGCUGAAGACCGUCUCCAGCCACUGCAACGGGCACGGCGGCGGCGGCCUGCACGGCGGCGGCGGCGGCGAGGCCGGGAAGACGCACGAGGGCUACGACGGCCGCGAGGUUGGGCUCCUGCAGAUCGUGCCCGGCGAGGGCCACUCUCUGGCCAACCACGUCGGGGGCCGGGGGGGCCGCCCGCCAGCCGCUCCCCCGCUGCCCUCGCCGUCUUCCUCGCUGUCGUCGCAGCAUCAGCAGCAGCGGCGGCAGCAGACGCCGCCGUCGCCCGAGCACGAGUUGAGCAGCGGGCUGUCGGCCACGCUGCCCAGCGUGCUGCGGCGGAUGAACGGGAACAGCUACGUGCUGCUGCGGCAGAGCGACGCCGAGGCGCCGGUCGCCAACGGCUACGCCUUCAACGACGAGCUCAGCAAGAGGCUGGAGAAGAGGAAACACACGCAGCUGCUGCAGCCGCGGCCCGACGAGAGCUCGGUGUAGCCCGCGGGGGGCCCCCCCCUCUCUGGUGGGAGGACCCCCCCUCUCUGGUGGGAGGACCCGAGUUUUUUUUACCUCGCGUUUCGUCCGUUACCGGCUGCUCUGUUACCAUGUCGUGUGAUUUUUGUCCUUUUUUUUUGGGGGCCGAAUGUUGUUUUUUUUACGAAAAGAUGGACGGUUUCACGUCCACCUUCCUGAUAUUGACGUUUGCGAGGAUCGUGUCUUAAUUCCGAGAUACCCGAUCGAAGGAGCAGAAGGAAAGUGAAACUCAUGGUGGAGUAAAGGAGGAGCACCACCUUCAGCAUGGGGAGGGGGGCGGGGGGCUGGCAGGGUCGUUGUCUACCUCAACUCGGUCCUCCGGUGAAGGCCCUCUGAGCCCGGUUAACAGCCUCUUCCAUGGGGGAGUCACCCAGGGGUCACUCACAGCCCUAUCUGCUGGAGGAGGAGCCCCGCUGGUGGGUAGAAUAUGAGGACCUCUACCGAGGGCCUGGGAUAAGAUAAUAGACCCAUGAUACCGAUGGAGGUAAAAACGAGAUGGGCAGCUAGCCAGUGUUUGUUGGCAUGUGCAAUGGAUAGUGCACGACAAACAGAUGGCUUAUCCAUGAUUAAAAGCCUAUAUUAUGUAAACAUGAAUAAAUCAGCAUUUUUGGUGAAAUGGACAGGACAGGCGAGGGAAUGGUGAAUCAGAGACCGUUUCUCAAUUUUUUUGUACUAACCACAAUAACCAACAAAGAAAGUGCAUUGUGUGUACCAGGGCCAUCCUGGAGGGAAUAUGACAGUAUUAUCGACUUUGGUGCACUAUAAAAAACUGUUGGCGUGCUUCGGACGAAAAAAGAAGAAGAAAAGAAACGGAUGAGUAAC